AUGAACUACCCGCGAAAAUUACCAGAGGCCGUAGAUGCACUGAUAGGGUUUCGUGUAGAAUGCCACGACAAAAAUUGUGGCUUUGCUAGCCAACACUCCAUAGACUUCAGCAGCAUUCGACCUCGUUGUUACAUAUCUGACGACGACUUCUGGCAGGCCGCCGAGGACCAUCUAUCUUGGAAGCAUAUUAGAACACCGUUAGUCUCGUUCUUCAGAUCAUGGGAGAGGGCUCUGAAUUGGAGGAAACGCCUCAUCGAAGGAGGGGGCAGGGGAAUCAUCAUUAUUGCGGUUUGGUUGAAAGACUUGUCUGAAGUCUACGAUGCAUACAAUAUCGCACAACGACUUUUAGGCCGUAAAGACCUAAACUCAAGCAGUCGUCUGCGACGGAACCUUGAUUAUUUUCGCGGAGAACUGCUCGUUCAAGGUGGCAUCGACUACAUGGAACACAGAAUCCUGGCCUGCUUCGAGGGCGACAGCCUCGAGAUCGAAAGACGAUCCAUAUCGCCACUGAUCAAAUUUCCUGAGCGGAGUCUUGUUGUAUCUAUUCCCAGAGGAACUCUGCCGACAUACGGCAAUUCCAAUCUGAGCAUCACCCAGCAAUUGGAGUACGAAAUAUUGAGCCUCACGGGGGUUCGAAACGAUGCCAAGCUGUGCGUACUGGUACUCGCAAUGUGCGAGUGCGAAAUGGAAUUAAAGGAGGAAAACAAGAAUAUGACGAUAAAGGCCACCGAGUACUGCGGAAACUACUUGUCGAAAUUUGUAUUUAGCAGUUGUAACUACUAUUUCGACGUUUAUUUUCAGCCAUGUUGGUGGCACUCGUAUCUGGACGCAAUGCAGCAUGGUAUCUCGAAAGCCAUUAGAUAGUCAAGCUGAGAGGCUUCAGUAAUUGUGAAUGUAACCGGCUCGCUUGGAGAAAGAUUAUACCACCUGUUGCGAGGCAAAUGAAUACAGCCGAUAUCUCCCUUGUGCAUAGUGAUAUAUCGCUCAUGGAUGUAACGAUGCAACUCAAGAGAAACUAAGACUGCUCGUGAAUGUUUAAGAUACAUCGUCAUAUCUUCCCACUUAUUCAAUACGUACAUUCUCAUAUGUUUCAACUCACACAGCCGACCCCAACUUAAUAUCAUGAACUCUGCCAUCCAGGUCUUGCCAGGUUACUUGGUGAUGCAGCUCAGUGCCGUGUCAGCACUGAAACCCUGAACCUCGCUAAUGAGCUAGAUAAUUACACACUUAAUGAUUGGCUGAUCAAAG